AUGUCUUCACUUUUAUUGCCUCACGAACAAAGAAUUAAUGGACCGUGGGUUAAAUUGCAGUCUGAACCAAAACUAUUCAACGCGUUAAUGUAUGAUUUAGGUGUAAGAGGUGCCCAGGCCACAGAGGUUUUUGUACUCGAUGAUACAGACAAUUUUCAUGAAUUAGGCGAGAUAUAUGGUUUUGUGUAUCUUUUCAGGAUGAUGGGAGAUGUUAAAACUUUAUAUAAAUCUGAUGAAUAUACUCCUGUCGAAAACCCGAAGAACGUUUAUUUCGCAAAUCAGGUCGUUGAUAAUGCCUGUGCAACAUUGGCGGUGUUGAAUAUAGCUUUGAAUAGUCCACAAUUGGAAAUUGGCACCGAUUUGAGAGAAUUCAAAGAAUUCACAAAGGAUUUCCCACCUCCCGUUAAAGGUUUUACCAUUACGAAUCAUCCGUCAUUCCGCUUGAUUCAUAAUUCAAUGGCGAGGUUUACAUUCCGUUUCUUUUCUUCUUUCUCUUCUUUAAUAAUGGCCCCUAAUUAUACUAAAUAUUUUGGUAGACACCCUGAAGAGGCCUUAGUUGUAGAAGAAGCUAGUGGAAAACCUAGUGCUACGGUAGACGAAUCUGUCGAAGUUUAUCAUUAUAUUGCUUAUGUUCCUGUUGAUGGUGAAGUUUGGCAAUUAGAUGGACUUUAUCCGCACCCCGUUAGUGUCGGGAAAUAUUCAGACAAACAGAGAUGGUAUGAUGCGGCGCGAGAUGCAAUGCGAGCACGUACACGAGGAUUCUAUGCAGAACAAAUCAAUUUUGUUCUAUUAGCAAUAACAAAAGAUCCAAUAAAUAUAAAGCAAAUGAGAAUCAAGGAAUGCAUAUAUCUCAAAAGAAUUGUUGAAUCCGUAUUGGAUGAAAUAAAUGGCGAGUGGAGAGUUGCUCUUGUUAAUGAACCAGAGUUUGUCGAAGUCUUCUUAACUGAAGAUGAAGAAAUGGAAGUUGCUAAGCGGGAUAAUGUUACAAAGGAAAUUCAGAUUCUCAACUCCAAUAGAGGCGAUGUCAAUAAGCUCAUACAGCUACGAACAAACUGGGUUGAUGAGCUUCGGGUUUUACAAAAAGCUAUUGAACGUGAAAAUAAAUUGAAGAAGGUUGAAAAGGAGCGACAAACAUUUGAUUACGGACCGUUCAUUCGAGAGUAUAUUUCGAUUUUACAAGAACGUGGUGAUUUAAAAGAAUUGUUAAAGCAAGCUGAAGAAGAAGAUUGUGAUAUAGUUUUUUAA